GCUGCCUGGUUAAGCGGAAGGAAUCCCGAAAUCCUAACAGGGACGGCUCGGCUGCUUCAUUCUCCAUAUCAGGCGUAAUGGCGCGGCCCAGCGCAGGUCCCACGGUGGUGUGUGAUGUCAUCAGAACUGCAAAUCAUCAUUAUCGCCAUCACUGCCAUGUCGCAACUCGCAAGCUCGCACCAUACAAACAAGAUAAUGGCGCCUUACGGGGCUUGACUUUUUUGCGCGUCACCGACGGGCUCAACAGAUUGAAAUUCAACGGAGGCUUCUGGACAUUCUGUCCACUGUGCGUGAAUGUGCCAUUUUCACUCAUCUGAUUCUCAGCCUGGAUUCGCUUGUCCAAAUCGCGAAUCUUCGCUGCCAGAUCCAGACCUUCCUCGCCAUCCAUGUCUCCGUAGACGAAGAAAAUAUGACGAACAGAAAUCCCUCACUUCUAACUACGGAUCCAUGGUGAAUUACGGACAACCCAACUGGAUAAAGAGAAAAUGCAAACUCGUAAAAGAAAACGAUGACAUCUAAAUUGGCAUCGCGCUCAAGCUGUGAAAGAAAUUCACGUGCACGAAAAACAGCGUAGACCCUGUCGUCACAGCGUAAAUUAAACAUAUCACGUAAUCGACUAAUCGGAAGGAACCAAAGCUGUCACCAAGUACACCAGCGCCAACAAGUGAAAAGAAUGGCUUCGUCGCGGAUUUCCUGGGGCACACGUUUACCCAGCUAUUCUGAAAUUUUCCUUGGUUCUGUUUCUCCUAUUUUAUAGUAUUAAUCGUAAGCUUCUCCAUAUAGUGCACUCGAACAGCGUCUCAUUUUCUUUACAUUAAGUCGCGUACGUCUUCUUGUACCGCAGAUAGUAAGCCAUCGUUUUCAGUUUUUAAAGCUGCGGGAGCUGUUAUUGUGGAUUGUUAGCGCUAAAUAUUUUGAAGGUGGCAACUGUUAGACGAAAUGUGUUAUCGAAUUCCAUCUGAUUCAGUUGUUCUGUAUUUGCUAUCCUAAAAUUGCACGCUGUGACUCGAUGAUAAUGUAUAAAAGCUUUCAUAAAUAAAAAAAAAAAAAAUCGACUAAUCGUGACAUUUCGUAUCUUACGCGAUAGCAGCUCCGGCUUGCCUGGCACUGGCAGGCUGGCGGAAGCGCAAUCGAUGGCAGGCUAAUGGGUACAAUUCGGCUGUGCUCCUGUUAGCGCCAACCGGAAAUCAAUCGGCUGCCGGUUCUUUCCCUACUUUGUAUGCCGUAAUUUGACUACUGUGAGUUAUUAACGUAAGUUUUAUCAAACCAACAGUGGUGCAUUGCUGUAUUUCAAAAACUUAUUGCAUACAUUUGUAUCUUGUUAUGGUUGUCACAAUUUUAUUUCUGAAUUCCUACUGCUCUGUAGCUAAAUCGAAUGUGUUCCAGACCGGAAAUGUUUGCUACGGUUUAGCUAAUACGCCGGUGAACGAAAGAUGAAAAAAUCUGGACACAGGAAUCCAUAAAUACAUACGAUAUGUACAACUACAUUAGUCUUAUUUUAAGCCACUUUUUGAUACAUACUAUUUAGAAGUGCUUAUAAUUAUUAUGAAAAAUGAUAAGUAAUUCCAAAUUAUACUCGUAGAAUGUUUUAUUCUUAUUUUUGUACGAUUAAGUACAUCUUACUGAAUGGAGGCCUCACUGCAGUGAGUGCACAUCGCACAGUGCAGGAUUAAUGCCUUAUUAGCCUACCAAAUAUCGUUACAGAAAAUUAUUAGCGCUAUUCUUGUGUAAAUGUUUCUUUGUAGUGCUGGCUAUUUAAGAAUUCCAAUGGCAAUGAGUAAACUUAAUCGAAAAACAAUAAUGCACUAUGCAGUAUGCCUGCGGGAAUUAAACUGAACCAGUUUUCUCAUUUUUCUUCUGCUGACUACUAUUGAACAGCACAUGGUGACUGGUGGAGCUAGCGUACGAGGGUGCGGAAUUUACAAACAGCGGCCUUCGACAUGCCCACGGCUAAGACAUACCAGGAGGCGAUCGCCGCCUUGAACACCUUACAAAGCAAUGCGCAGGUGCUGGAAAAAGCCCGCCGCGAACGCAGUCGCAACGCGGCCAACAAUAUCAAAUGGAUGGAGAACCUGCUGCGGUAUCUCGAUGUUGAACCUUCCGAUCUGGACAGGUUGAAUGUGAUACACAUUAGCGGGACGAAAGGGAAGGGCUCGACGUGUGCCUUCACCGAGAGUCUCCUACGGCAUCUCGGCUAUAAAACAGGCUUCUACAGUUCGCCGCAUUUAGUGGCGGUCCGCGAGCGGAUCCGGAUUAAUGGCCGGCCCAUCUCGGAGGAACUGUUUACGCAGUACUUUUGGGAAGUCUAUGGACGGUUGAUUCGCGCCUGCCAACCGGACGAGAUGCCACCGUAUUUCAAGUUCUUGACGGUUAUGUGUUUCUACGUCUUCUUGAAAGAAAAGAUCGAAGUGGCGGUAAUGGAAGUCGGGAUCGGCGGCGCUUACGACUGCACAAACGUGAUCCGUAAUCCCGUCGUCUGCGGGGUGACCUCCCUGGGUUAUGACCACAUGCCCAUUCUGGGGAACACAUUAGCGGAAAUCGCCUGGCAUAAAGCGGGCAUCUUUAAGCGAAAUUGCCCGGCUGUCACGGUUACACAGCCUCCCGAAGCCAUGGCAGUACUGCAGGGACGGGCAGCGGAAAUUGGUGCCGCGCUGUCUGUGUCGCCGGAUCUGUCGGCUUACGGCUGUCCAUCAGGCCCGAUCCAUCUCGGAAUUGAAGGCGCCAUACAAAGCCUGAAUGCAUCGCUGGCGCUGCAGCUGGUCAAGCUCUGGUUGAUGAGGAAGACUGACAGUGUCAAUGAGACACUGGAAAACUGGGAUUCCGAUGAGGAAAACGUCUGUCUCUGUAAAGAAAACAGUGAAAUCGAAAAGCAAAGUGCGGAAUCAGCGGAAAUAGAGAAACCUGUAGGAAGUGUGAGCAUUUCGAAAUUGGAAAAACCUGCGAAAAUUCCCGACGUUCUGGAAGGAUACAAGUUAUCAAGUAUAUUGGUGAAUGCAUUAGAAAGUUGUGUCUGGCCGGGAAGAUUUCAAACUAUACGGCGAAAUAAUGUUCAGUAUUAUCUGGAUGGAGCCCAUACGAAAGACAGUGUGGAGUAUUGUGCACAGUGGUUUAAGAAAGUUCAAGAAACACAGACAAGUGCACGGAAAUUCCUGAUAUUUAAUUCCACAGCGGAUCGUAAACCGGAAGAUCUGCUACGUCCGCUGGUAAGCUGCGGCUUUGACGCGGCGCUCUUCUGUCCGAAUAUUCUGGGCGGAAGUGCGGGAGCAGGAGAUCUGCUCAACUUCACAGUUAAUCGCGACCACCAGAUGGCCCGAUGUUCUUUGCAUGAAUCUGUAUGGAAAUCGCUGUCGGAUGAGCGAUGUAGCCAGUGUUUUGCGACGGUAGCGGAUGCGCUGAGUUGGAUUGAAGGACAGGCGCAUGGUGAUGAUGAGCAUGUGGGGGUGCUGGUUACCGGAAGUCUGCACUUGGUCGGCGCAGUAUUGACCGUGUUGGAUCCGUCGUUGCACAAUACACUGUAGAAUUUUCCAAGUGAUUUUUGUUGCUAUUCCGGUAAAAUUGUGGUAACAGGAAACUUUGCUGGCUAAUUUACAUUGCAUGUUUGAAAAAGCUUCCUGUACAUUUUGUGCAUCGUGUAUGCCGUUUAGAUGUUUAAAUGAAUGAUUCUGGUACGGUGAAAUUCCCAAAUUGCACGACGCAGGCGUUUAUCAUGUUAGGUGAUUUAUACUUGUUCGAACUGUUAUAUAAUGGAAGCUCAUUCCGCAUGCAAGAUUCCAAAGAAAAAACGUAA